UCUUUAUUUUUCGGUAUCGCUACGAUAAUGAAUACGAUGGUGAUGGCGAUAGCGACGGCGAUGGUAAAGAAAAAAAGGGGGGAGGGGGUUACGGUAGUGGUUAUGAGGGCGUUUCUAAUUUCAACGGCCAUCCAGUCAUUUCUUUCCUUCCAUCUACACACACGAUCUACGAAACUUGAGGGAUCUCUUACUCUCUCUCUCUUUGUUUAUUUACCUUCUAUUAUUAUUACUCUGUGUACAAUACUGCUAUAUUUACUUUCUAACUACGGGAACGUUGUCUGAGACAUCAAAUUUACCUUUACCUUCUACCUUACUUUACCUCAUAUUAUCUCGCAUCGCGUAAUCUAACCAACGUAACUAUUUUACAUAGUUAACUAUAAACAAACACAUGGUUUUACACAUA